CCCUUUAUAAAGAGCAGACUUUCUAUUUCACUCCUCACUGAGCCUCACUGGCUUUAGGAACUAAAGACUCUUCCCAGACACUUUCAGGUGGGAAAGAAAGAAGCGUUUUAGAAGCAUCAUUUUCUCAUCACAGCAACAACUUAAAAUGCCUAGGAAGAUGGUCGUGAUCUUUGGAGCCUCGAAUAUACUGUGGAUGGUGUUUGCAGUUUCUCAAGCUUUUAAAAUUGAGGUCUUCCCUGAGUCCGAAAUUGUUGCUCAGAUUGGUGCCUCCGUUUCACUGGUUUGCAGCACAACAGGCUGUGAGUCCCCAUCUUUUUCCUGGAGAACCCAGAUAGACAGUCCGCUGAAUGCGAAGGUGAGAAAUGAGGGGACCAAGUCCACACUGAUCAUGGAUCCUGUCAGUUUCGGGAAUGAGCAUUCUUACCUGUGCACGGCAACUUGCGAAUCCCAGAAAGCAGAAAACGGAGUCAAGGUGCACAUCUACUCGUUUCCCAAGGACCCAGAGAUUAAUUUGAGUGGCCCUCUGGAGAUUGGAAAGCCAGUCACAGUCACGUGUUUGGUCUCUGAUGUUUACCCAUUUGACAGGCUGGAGAUAUAUUUGUCAAAGGGCGACCAUGUCUUGAAAAUGGAGGACUUCAUAGAGCCAAUGGAGAAGAAGUCUCUGGAAACCAAGAGUUUGAAAGUAACCUUCACUCCUACCAAUGAGGAUACUGGAAAAGCUCUUGUUUGCCAAGCUAAAUUAUACAUUACUGAAAUUGAUGAUGAACCCCAAAAAAGGGAGACCACAAGAAAACUGCAAGUCAACACCUCACCCAAGAACACAGUUAUCUCUGUGAACCCCUCCACAAGGCUGCAAGAAGGUGGCUCCGUGACAAUGACAUGUACCAGUGAAGGUCUACCAGCGCCACAGAUUUCCUGGAGCAAGAAAUUAGAUAACGGGAGCCUACAGUACCUUUCUGGGAAUGCAACUCUCACGUUGAUUGCUAUGAGAAUGGAAGAUUCUGGAAUUUAUGUGUGUGAAGGAGUUAAUCUGUUUGGGAAAAAUGGGAAAGAAGUGGAAUUAAUUGUUGAAGAAAAACUGUUUACUGUUGAGAUCUCCCCUGGACCCCAGAUUGCUGCUCAGAUUGGUGACUCAGUCGUGCUGACAUGUGGUGUCACAGGCUGCAAGUCCCCAUCUUUCGCUUGGAGAACCCAGACAGACAGCCCACUGAGCGGAAAGGUGAGGAAUGAAGGGACCACAUCCAUGCUGAUCCUGAGUCCUGUGAGUUUUGAGGACGAACAUUCAUACCUGUGCACCGUGACCUGUGGGCAUAAGAAACAGGAAAAGAGAAUUAGGGUGGACCUCUACUCAUUCCCUAGAGAUCCAGAAAUUGAGAUGAGUAGUCUACUAGUGAGUGGAAAUCCGGUCAAUAUAAGCUGCAAGGUUCCUAAUGUGUAUCCUUCAGACCAGCUGGAGAUUGAAUUACUUAAAGGGGAGAGUGUUAUGAAGACUGAAACCUUUUUGAUGGACGUACAUAAGAAAUCCCUAGAGAACAAGAGUUUGGAAAUGACCUUCAUCCCCACCACUGAAGAUACAGGAAAAGUCCUUGUUUGUCAAGCUAAGUUACAUAUUGGUGAAACGGAAUUUGAACCCAAACAGAGGCAGAGUACACAGACACUUCAUGUUAAAGGUAAGCGUAUUUGCCCCAGGAAUACAAUAAUUUUGGUCAGCACUUCCUCCAUCUUGGAGGAGGGUAGUUCUGUAAAUAUGACAUACUCUAGCAAUGGCCUUCCAGCUCCAAAAAUUCUGUGGAGUAGGCAGCUAAACAAUGAGGAUCUACAGCCACUUUCCAAGAAUACAAUUCUCACCUUAAUUUCUACAAAAAAGGAAAGUUCUUGUACUUAUGUGUGUGAAAGGAUUAACCAGGUUGAAAUGAGUAGAAAAGAAGUUGAAUUAAUUAUCCAAGUUGCUCCAAAAGAUAUACAACUUAUGGCUUUUCCUUCUGAGAGCGUCAAGGAAGGAGACACUGUCAUUAUCUCCUGUACGUGCGGAAAUGUUCCCCAAACUUGGAUAAUCCUGAAGAAAAAAGCAGAGACAGGAGACACAGUGCUAAAGUCUACAGAUGGUGCAUAUACCAUCCACAAGGCCCAGUUAGAGGAUGCAGGAGUGUACGAGUGUGAAUCUAAAAAUGAAAUUGGCUUGCAAUUAAGAAGUAUAACACUUGAUGUUAAAGGAAGAGGAAAUAGCAAGGACUAUUUUUCUCCAGAACUCCUCGUGCUCUAUUGUGCAUCCUCCUUAAUAAUACCUGCCAUUGGAAUGAUCAUUUACUUUGCUAGAAAAGCCAACAUGAAGGGGUCAUACAGUCUUGUAGAAGCACAGAAGUCAAAAGUGUAGCCAAUGUUUGCAAUGUUCAACCAGAGACACUAUUUAUCCGUCCAAAUCCUUAAUACUGCUCAUCAUUUCAUGAGGAAAACAACAAACUGAGAGUCCAGAUUUCCCUGAAUAUAGUGAAUUCCUGGGAAAAAAUGGCUGCCUAAAAUGGCUCACAGAAAGAAGCCAAAGGAAAACUUUCUGCCUGAAAAAUAGGCACUACGAUGGAGAUAUGAUGAUUGGAGUAGUUCCUUGAUGUGUAUAUACAAUAACAUAAUCUGUACAUAUGUAAAAUGAAGUCAUGCCGUAGCAAGGUUGCCUGGAAUAACAGCACUCUAUAGUCAGAUCUCUAGAAUAACUAAACAAUAUUGCCUGGACUGAUUGUUAUAACUUAAUGCAUCUUAAAAAAUAUUUAACAUUAAUAUCGACUGGCAGCUGACUUAUGUCAUCUUUUUAUAUUUAAUUUCCUUUAACAAAAUUUUAUUCCCAUUACGUUCACUGACAACAACUUCAUGUUUGUAAAGAUGCCAGGGUUUUAUAUUUUUAUAGGCAAAUGAUAAACUAAGAGGCCACUAGGUUGAUUUUCAGGUACUAAACACUUCAACCUGUGGCAUAAUGGCUGACUGGGUUUUUCUGGAUGAUACUGACAUGGUACGGAGAUGUUUUAUGAUGUUGUUUGUUUAUCCGACUCUUGUGUAACUUUCCUACUGUGAUCUAAAAAUGCAAUUUCUUUUGAUCUUCUUUUGUAAAUAUUUAGUCUUUCUGUAUAGUAAAGUGAUAAUUUCUGGAAUAACAAGAGUUGUGCAUUUACUUAUUAUAAAUUUCCUCCUUUAAUCACGUAGCUCUUUUUAAAAUCCCAAGUUCCAAAGAUGAAGAGUUUAAACCCAUAGAAAUAAUAAGUAGCACCCCAGGUGUGGUCUUCAGAUGACUACUUUUAUGAGAAUCAUCAUGGGGACUUGAUAAAAUUCAUAUUUCUUGGCGCUGUCUUAGCCUAUUUAAUGUAAAUGUCUGGUUUUGUGUCCUUGGAAUCUGCAAUUUAAAGAAAAUAUAGUGUACACAGAGGAGUGAAUGUAGAUAACCAUGCACAUGUUCAAGGGCAACAAAUGAACACCAGGUACAUACCACUAAGACCAGAGCUAGAGCAUUCGUACUUUUCAGAGCCUCUUAGAUGCCUCUCACUGGGCAGUAACCAAUAUCUUGAAUUAUAUAUUAAUGAUUCCUUUGGGGGUUUUUGAAGAUUUUAUACCUAUACAGGUAGCCCUAAGUAGAACAUUAUUUAGUUUUGCCAGGUUUUGAAUUCUAAAUAAAUA